AUGAAAAAAUCACUUUGCAUUUUGUUAUGGAUACAUCUCAGUUUCAAAUUGAACAACGUCGAUGCCAGCAUAGAAUAUGGGAUCGUCAAGCACAAUAACGAUUGGAUACCGAUCACUGAUCCAGAAAAAUAUGUUCAAUGGGGACAAUCCGGUGAUGAAGAAAUAAAACCGUAUCGUGAUAUCAAUAAAGAAGCGGAAUUCUUGAAAAGGAUUGUUCACCGUGAUACUAUAGAUGAUGACAAAUGCACUGCUCUUCGACAGUCGAGAAACAUGAGAACCAACUGCAAGGAUCUAGGCGAUGCAUUACUUAAAUACUAUUUCAACAUUGCCAAUGAUUUCAACAAUGACAUUUUAGUUUAUUUGAUCAAUCUAUCUAAAUCUAGAUGUCAUGAUGACGAUAAAACUGAGACUGGAAGUAUUAAAAAAUCACCGAUUACGUUGUUUAGAUACGACAGAAAUCCGAAGAAAAUUCCAGACGGUGAAGAAAACAAUUUAGCGCAUUUUGAAAAGAAUAGAAAUGCAGUAUAUGCGGAAGUGGAUUCUAAUAAACUAAACAUACUUAAUGAACGAACAUACGAGGUGACAGAAGACACAGAACUUGAUCAAAAUGUUGGAACCAUGAAUAAUCCAUUAAAUUACAUUCAUGAAAAACCUGAAAAUGACCUAAGAGAGGGGAGUUGGAAUACCACAGCUAAACUACAAGACAUACUUUCAAAAUAUGGAAUAAACAUCAAUGAUGAUUUACCCAAUUAUGCUCUAUCAAGACGUCUCACAAGAUCUAUGCCCAUAAAAAUGCCUAGGUAUAACAACCAUUUGCCUCUAGACCCAUUAUUAGCAGUUUAUUUAUCUAAUUAUGGAUAUUAUUUACCUGGUGUUUAUGGACUAAAUAAUAAAUAUUACAAUUUAUAUGGGUAUUUAGCAUCAAAUAAUAUCCAUAACAACAGACCUUUUGGAUCUUAUAAGAUAUUUUCUGAUACCGAUUCUAGUUUAUAG